GGCUUCUCCCGCCGGAGAACCUCAGGGGACAGCGGGGAGGGCUCCGGCAGGAGGGCGGCGGGCAGCAGAGCCGGGGGGAGCCCAGCCGGGCUUGGGGCGGCUUCGCAGCGGGGCUACCUGCGACCUGCCAGCACACCUGGGGGGGCUGUAGGUGUUUUUGGGAUCAGCAAUCGGACCGUAAACAUGUGUUUGGUUCCUCGCUGAGCGCCUGUGAGGUUUGGUUAAUUGCGUAUGCACCUUCCUCCACCGCUUUCAGCGCUGCUGGGGUGUUGCUAAUUAAAAACAAAUCUCUUAAUGCUGAGAAACGUGUUCCUAAUUAAAAAUAAAUCUCUUAAUUCUCUGAAACGUGUUUUUAAAACGUUCAUCUUUAUUAACCUUGGGCUAAGCGUUGCUUGGUAGUAUUAGCUUAAAGCUGUGAAGGUGUUGAUACCCAUUUUUUUCCCUGAUGGUUUUUAUUAGAGGAACUGGUGGUGGUUGGAGUUAAAUUGUGUUGGCCACAAAAUCCAAAUGAAAGGUGAGGAGCUAGAGGGGUGGAGGUCUGCAAGGACAUCCCACGGUGUGUCACGGGUGAUAAGAACUUUUAUUUUAACAUCCUUGGUUGAGGCUGAAGGAGGGAAGAAAAAUGAGAACUCCCUGCUAAAGGGGAGAAGUGGCUUAGUGAAAGCAGACUUAGAUGGGGAUGAAGUGCUCAGCCUGCUCACUUGUGUCUUCAGAGCUGCUGUCGCUUAGGCUUGUGCCUGAGAGAUAGGGCUCAAAGAAAAGAGGAGCAACUAAUGAUGCAAAAGUAACAAGUUAGGAAUCUCUUGAGAAAUCUCAACCUGUCUGAGACCAUAGGACCUAAUGGGGAUACAUCCAGCGGGGGUCUGAGAGAGCUGGCGUUGUGAGAUUGCUGUCCGAUCUUUGAGAGGUUGUGCAAGAAAGUGGAGGUGGUUGGGGAUAGCUGAUGGGCUGUUCUUGCAAACAGAUUCACUUCAGUGAUGAACUGACUGGAUUGUAGAUCCAAAGCCAUAGAUGGCAUAUACAUUAAUAUUAGCAGGACGUUUGAAACAGUCUCCAGCAGCAUCUUUCUAUUUAAAUUGGAAUUUUACAGGUAGUAGUUGAGCGUAAAACUGACUGGAUCCUUAGGUUCAAAGAGGAGUGGUCCACGGCUCGUAUUUUACCUGAAAGUGCAUUACAGGCAGAGCUCCUCAGGGAACUGUGACAUGUCUGGACAGCCCCCAGGACUGGUUUUGUACAGGUUCCUGUCCUGUUGAAUACCAGUGAGCUGGAAGAGGACAUGAGAUACACUCCUAUGAUGUUUAUAACAGCAAAUGGGGAGGGGAGGGUAUUACGAGCACAAAGGUAUAGGCAGGAGGAAUGGAUCAUCAGGAACCUGACAGACAAGGUGACUGAAAAUUCAAAUUUGAAAUUCUGCAUCUGGAUAGCUUGCAGUCAUACAGACUGGGAGCUGAGAUGCUGGGGGAGUACCUCCCCUGCGCCCGCCCCCCCCCCAAAGGACCUGAGGGUCCUUAGGGAGGGUGGGAUAAACAUGAGCCAACAACGUGCCCUGGUAUCAAGGCACAUGAGGCUUAUUAGCAAGAACACAGCCAACAAAUCAGAUAAAGUAAUUCUCUUUUAUUGCCAAGUUUUAAACUACUCCUGGAAUGCUGCAUACUAUUUGGGGCUGACCACUACAGGAAGGAGGUUGAUAAACUUAAGUGCAACCAGCAGAGAUGGGUCAGAAGUGCUUAGCUGGUAUGGGGAUGUAUCUGUGAGGAGAAGCUGAGGAAGCAUUUUAAGCUGUAGCUGCCCACUAGCACUUGCAAGGAAGUUAUCGAGAAGCUGGAGCCAGACACUUCACAGCAGUGAUGACAGGCUGAAAGAAAAGAGCCAUAAAUCUGCACAGAACAAGCAGGAGAGGUUGCAAAUUGAUGUAAACUUCUUCAUCACAAGGAUAGGCAAGCAGUAUAAUGAGAUAGCCAGAGAGGUGCAGCCACCAUCCUUGAAAACUUUGGAGACAUGGUGGGAUAAGACCUAAGCUGGUCUAUCUAAUAGCUAUUCCUGUUUUGAGUGUGAAGUUGGACCAGAAAGCUUCUGAGGUGUCUUCCAAUUGGAAUGAAUCUGAAUUUAGACCACCAAUGCUCAACUUGAAUCUGGAUGGUGACGUGCAGGUGGUAAGAAAAACCCUGAAGGCUAAAAGGCCUCGAUUUGAUGCAUCUUUGGUUUACUUGACCCGAAAAUUCAUGGAUCUUGUCAAAAGAGCUCCAGAUGGUGUCCUUGAUUUAAACGAAGUAGCAACAACUCUUGGAGUACGAAAACGAAGAGUUUAUGACAUCACCAAUGUAUUGGAUGGAAUUCACUUAAUUCAGAAGAGAUCUAAGAAUCUUAUCCAGUGGGUAGGUUCUAAUCUUGACCAAGUUGUUGGAAAGGCAGCAGAGCAGCAAAACCUUAAAGAUGAACUCUCUGACUUGUCAGCCAUGGAAGAAGCUCUGGAUGAAUUAAUCAAGGAUUGUGCUCAUCAGUUAUUUGAUCUAACAGAUGACAAAGAAAAUGCAAAACUAGCUUAUGUGACAUAUCAAGAUAUCCGUAGCAUUCAGGCAUUUCAGAAACAGAUUGUGAUUGCAAUCAAAGCUCCAGAAGAAACCAAACUGGAAAUACCAAUUCCUAAGGAAGACUGCAUAGAAGUACAUGUAAAGAGCACAAAAGGACCCAUUGAUGUGUAUCUGUGUGAGGUGGAACAAGAUAAGCCAGGUGCCAAAACUUUUGAAAAUAUGAAUACUGUCAAAUCUGAAACUGAGCCAUCGGUUCCUCCUGGUGAAGAGUGAUAUCUCCAAAAAAUAAAAAUAAAGAAGUAAUAUAUAUAUGUAUAUACGCUGAGAUAGAUGAAUUACAACUCAAAAUCAAAUACAGAAUGUAAAUAUCUGUUAUAGAGUUUUUCCAAAGCUGCUUGGAACUGCGAACUUACCGACCUGAAAUGCUCUGGAGUGUUUUUAAUUUAAAACAGCAGUGGAUUGAAUGGUUUCACGGGAUUGUUUUAUCUUUCCAAGUCAGAAGAUGAUAGUUCCUAGAUUUGCUUUUAGGAGCUUUGUUUUCGUAAUUGCAUGUGACCUACGGAGCUUUUGGGAAAGUAUUUUUAGCUUAUGAAAUGACUUUAAUUGACGGAAAACAUACUUAAUGAAUGACUCCUAAAAUGAAACUGUUGGAAACUGUUUCUGGAACAAUCCACAAUCCUUCUGAGAAUGUAUGUAAUGAAGAAAUGCACUUUUCAGUUCUGAGGCUGCACUACUGCUAAGCAGGAUCGUCAAAUACAGAUGAAGAAAGAGCUUGAUGCAUCAGAAGCCUUCACUAUAAGGAACAAGAUGUAAAUACUACGAGAGUUACGCCUUACACUGUGUAGAUGCUGUUUGCAUUGUAGCAUCCAGCUCUGCAUUAACUAUGGUAUCAACACUGAAAAAUAAAUGGGCUUUUUGUAUAUCUGUAUAAUGUCUGGGUAGUUACUGAUGUAGAUUUAUUGAGGUGGUCUGCAUUUCUGCCUUUGUACAGCAAAGAAAUAAGCUUAUAAAACAUAAAGUGGCCAGUCUAACUAAAUGUGGUGGUUUGUUAUUAAUGUUUGUUCACCCAGUGAAUUAUAACAUUUUAAAACUGAUGUGAAAAAUGUAAUUGUUAAAUGUAGUGUUGGCUGCUCUUGUUAUGAUACUUCUGAAGAUCACUACACUCCUGUAACACAAUUAAUAGUAAAUAUUUAAACUGGUCACUAUAUAGAAAUUCUAAACCCUAUAGUGUAGCUCUAGCCUGGUACCCUACUCUCAUUGUAGCUACACUUGCAAGUGUUGUCAAAUACUUCUGAACUUAGUAAAGAAAUACUUGAGAGUUUAGAAUGCAUCCAACUUCUGUAUUUAUCUACCUUCAGUCUGUAAAAUGAGACGUCAGAGUGUCAGGGCCAGGUCUUUGUAUUGGGUUUAGGGGACAGUGUUCCAAAAGGGACCUGCUGCUGGCUAAAGUAAAUGUGUGUGUGUGAUACUGGUGGUGGCUCUGUGAUAACAUUCAAGCAAGGAUAAAAAGUGUUGCACAGCAGCUGUGAGAGAGGAGUGAGGAAAAACUUGAAACAACCCACCAGAAAUCAAGGUCAGUAGAGAAGGAGGGGGAGGAGGUGCUCCAAGUGCCAGGGCAGAUUACCAUGCAGCUGGUGGGGAGGGUCAUGGUGAAGCAGGCUGUCCUCCCAUAGCCUGUGGAGGCCCAUGUUGGGGCCAUUCUCCGCACUGCAGCCUGCAGAGGACCCCGUGCUGGAGCAGGUGGGUGUGCUCUGAAGGAAACUGCAGCUUGGGAAGAGUACACACAGAAGCAGCUGCUGGCCAGAGCUGCAGUCCAUGGAGAGGAGUCCAUGGAGUCCAUGCAGGAAUGGGAUCUGGGGCAAGCUGCCACCUGUGGGGGACCCGUGCUGGAGCAGUUUGCUCCUGAGGGAUGGACCCUGUGGUAUGGAGCUGUCUGGGAGCAGUGCUUGAAGAGCUGCUGCCUGUGGGCAGCCCCCGCAGGCUCAGUUUGAGAAGGACGGCAUCCCGUGGGAGAAACCCCACAUGGAGCAGGGGCAGAGAGGGACCAUGAAGGAGCAGCAGUGAUAAGUGUCAUGGACUGACCACAGCCCCCAUUUGCCUGCACCACUUGGGAUGGAAGUAGAAUUAUUGAGAUUGAACUUGAGCCUGGAAAGAAAAGGGCUGAAGGGAAGGUGGGAUUAGUUUGCUUUUAGUUCUCAGUGUUCUGGCCUAUUAAUUGCAAUAAAUUAGUCUUUUCCAAGCUGGGUCUGUUUCGCUUAUGAUGGUAAGUGGUGAGUGAUUUCUCUGUCCUUAUCUUAACCCACAAGUUUUGUUAUUUUUUUUAUUUUGUUUUUGUUUUUUCUUUCUCCCUGCCCUGCUUUGGAGGGGGAGUGAGGGUGCAGCUUGGUGGGCACAGGGUGACCAGCCAAGGUCAACCCAAUAGUCUUCUGAGUGAAUUAACUUGUAACUGUACAAAUGCCAUGCAUAUGUUUGUUUCUUUUUAGGUUUAAAGUGUGUUUCAAAGUUUCCUGUGUGUGAUAUCUAAAAAAUAAAAACUCAUGGAUUAUG